AAUUCGAUAAUUGAUGCUGGGCCCCUGAAGAGGAGAGUUAUUUUGACGGCUGCCCAUUGAAGAUAGAUGUACAUGUUUUACUGAAGUUCUAAUAUUCCUUAGCUCGGUGUGUGUGAUUUACUGAAGAGUCUGAUUUUUCGAUUCCCCAUGAAUUAUCUUCCACCUCUGGAAAGAUAGAGGUGUGAACUAACUCAACAUGAGCGGCCUUGGGAACAAUGCAACAGAUUCGGCGAACCCGGACUCCCAGAAGAGGAAGGGGUCGCCGUGCAACACUCUAGCCCAGAGCAAUGAGAAACGGCGCAGGGAGCAAGAGAACAAAUACUUAGAGGAGCUGGCAGAGCUGCUCUCGGCCAAUAUCGGGGAGAUUGACAGCCUGAGCGUCAAACCUGACAAAUGCAAGAUUCUGAAGAAAACCGUCGAUCAGAUUCAGCAGAUGAAGAGACUUGAGCAAGAGAAAACAGCUGAUGACGAUGUCCAGAAGUCCGAUAUCUCGUCCAGCAGUCAAGGAGUGAUUGAGAAGGAAUCCCUGGGGCCUCUUCUCCUGGAGGCGCUUGACGGCUUCUUCUUCGUUGUGAAUCGUGAAGGACGCAUCGUGUUCGUCUCCGAGAAUGUGACCAGCUACUUGGGCUACAACCAGGAGGAGCUCAUGAACACCAGCGUCUACAGCAUCUUGCACGUGGGAGACCACGCUGAAUUCGUCAAGAACCUGCUGCCCAAGUCACUCGUCAACGGAGUGCCGUGGCCUCAAGAAUCCACCCGACGCAACAGCCAUACCUUCAACUGCAGAAUGCUGAUUCGUCCCCCGGACGAGCCCGGGGCAGAGAACCAGGAAGCCCGGCAGCGCUACGAGGUCAUGCAGUGCUUCACGGUGUCCCAGCCGAAACUGAUCAAGGAGGAAGGCGAAGAUUUGCAGUCCUGCCUGAUAUGCAUCGCCCGCAGAUUACCUCGCUCCACAGCCCCUGUCACAUCGGAGUCUUUCAUGACCAAGCAAGACACUACAGGUAAAAUCAUCUCCAUCGACACCAGCUCCCUGAGAGCGGCGGGCCGGACCGGCUGGGAGGAUUUAGUGAGGAAGUGCAUCUACGCUUUCUUCCAGCCACAGGGCAGGGAGCCAUCGUACGCCAAGCAGCUAUUUCAGGAAGUGAUGACCCGGGGCACAGCCUUCAGCCCAUCUUACCGGUUCACGCUGAGCGAUGGGACCGUCCUGAGCGCUCAUACCAAGUGCAAACUCUGCUGCCCUCAAAGUCCGGAGAUGCAGCCAUUCAUCAUGGGCAUUCACAUCAUUGAGAGGGAACACGGCGCACUGUCGCCCCAAGAGAACACUAACUCCGGAAUGCCUCUGCCCCGAGUCAGUCCCUCGCUGAAUCCCAACAUUUCCCCGGGGCAAGGCCUGGCUCUGCCCUCCCCUCUCCCUCCUGCCAACGGCAGCAUGUUACCAGCCAGCGCGAACCACCCGCCGGGAUCCGGCCUGCACGGCAACAGCAACACUGCCCCCGGCCAAGCCUCUUUCGGAUGUUCCCCCGGCAGCCAGAUGGGAGCUAAUUUUGCCUUAAAUCAGGGACAGGCCGGUCCCCAGAACAGUAACCAUGCGCUCAACCUCAGCAGCUCCCCAAUGAACAGCCCCGGGGUCACCCCGCCGCAGUUCAUGUCCCCCAGGCAUCGGGUCAGCCCAGGGCUGGUCCAUCGGCCCAGAAUGCCAAGCAACCCUUUUUCUCCCACGAUGCCCCACACACACUCCCCGGGGGGCGUGGUGGGCAGCUGCGGUGCCGUCGGCAGCAGGCCUUACCCGGGCACCCCGUUAAACUCCAUGCAGGGACUGGCCGAAGGGCCCAGCCCCCCGGUGGGCUACUCCACGCCCCCCCCUGCGCUGCGGCAGCUCAGCAACCAGAACUCGCCCGGCCGCGUGAGCCUGCCGCCCAUGAAAACGGAGCCUAAAGACAGCAAGGAGAUCUCCUCCAUGCUGUGCAGCAUGGCUCAUUCCGACGGCAGCCCAAGCGACAGCAAGCCCCCCUUGGACUCCGGCUUGCUGCACGGCGGGGACAGACUCUCCGAGGGCGAGAGCAAGUGCUUGCAGGUCACCAGCCACAAACUCGUCCAGCUCCUGGCUUCCACGGCCCAGGAGCAGCUACGGCACACGGACGCCGACACCAGCUGCAAAGAGCCGCUGUCUUGCACAGGCGCCUCCGGGGCCCCGGCCUCCGGGAACCCCGUGGGCAGCGCGUGCCCCUCCUCUCACAGCUCCCUCACGGAGCGCCACAAGAUCUUGCACCGGCUCCUCCAGGAGGGCAGCCCCUCGGACAUUGGCAACUUGUCCAUGGAGCACGACAAGAAGGACGGUGCGCCCGGCGGAGCAGGCGCCGCUGCACCCCCGCAGGGCCAGGCCCCCGGGACCGUGGACGUCAGGCUGGAGGCAGAUGCUGCGAAGAAGAAGGAUUCCAAGGACCACCAGCUCCUUCGCUACCUGCUCGACAAUGACGAUAAAGAGCUGGUGUCGAACCCCACCUUGAGCCUGGAGGAUGUGAAGGUGAAAGAGAGCACCGAGCACUUGGAUCCCUGCAGUGCCGCUCCGGCCUUGCUGACGAAGCCCUCGGCUCAGGAGGAGGCGAAGCUGCAGCCACAGGGCCAGUUCGCAUCCGACCAUGACCAGAUCCUGCCGUCGCUGGAAAAAGCAGCCCAACUGCCGCCCGGCCUGUGCGGAUCACAGACGGCCGAAAGCAGCGGCAUUGUCGUCAAGUCCGAGAUCCUGACCCCCUCCCUCCAGACCAGUAACGCCGCAAGAACUCCCACAGGGAUGAGCUCUGUUAACGGCGGCCAGGGCAUGCAGGCCGGCCAGUCCCCCUUUGAAUUCUGCGACCCCAUGGAGCCUGUUCCGUUCCGGACGGCACCGUUCCCUGCAACGAAUGGCAGCAGCCCUCAUCCUGGAUUACCGCCCGAGCAAGGCAGGGGGGCAGUACCUGGACCGAGCCCCUUCCGGCCUGACACAGGAUUGCCCGACCUGGAACUGCCGGUCGCAGACCAUCCAUUUGGGCAGCCGGCGAUGGCGGAGCAGAACCCGUGGGCAGACAACUCCAUGGCCUCCAUCAACCGAGGACCGAUGAGCAAACCGGACGACCAGUGCAUCACUUCUCAGCUGGACGAGCUCCUGUGCCCCCCCACCACCCCGGAGGGACGCAACGACGAGAAAGCCCUUCUGGAGCAGCUGGUGUCCUUCCUGAGCGGCAAAGACGAGACCGAGCUGGCGGAGCUGGACCGCGCCCUUGGCAUCGACAAACUGGUCCAGGGAGGCGGCCUGGAGGUGCUGACGGAACGGUUCCAGCCGCAGCAAGCGACACCGCCGUCUCUGGUGAUGGACCAGAAGCCCGGCCUGUACCCGCAGCAGUACCCCUCGGCUUCCCCUGCCGGCCCCUUUCCAGGCAUGGUCAGGCAGAAGCAGUCCUUCGGGCCCAUGCCCGUCCAGGUCCCGCCCCCACGCGGGCCCUUCCCGACCAGCAUGGGGAUGCAGCCCCGCCCGGUGCUCAGCCGGCCCCCGACGGCCCCCAACCAGUUGCGACUGCAGCUGCAGCAGCGGCUCCAGGGGCAGCAGCAGUUGAUACACCAGAAUCGGCAGGCUCUCCUGAACCAGUUUGCGGGGAACCCUCCGGGCGGCAUCGGCAUGAGGGCAGGCAUGCAGCAGCAGAUCACGCCACAGCCGCCCCUGAACGCGCAGAUGCUGGCCCAGCGCCAGCGCGAACUCUACAGCCAGCAGCACCGGCAGCGGCAGCUCAUGCAGCAACGGGCCAUGCUGAUGAGGCAGCAGCAGAGCUUCGGGAACAGCCUCCCCCCCUCGGCCGGGGUCCCGGUGCAGCUGGGGCCGGGGCGCCACCCCCAGGGCCCCCCGCAGCAGUUCCCCUUCCCCCCCAACUACGGUACGAAUCCAGGGACCCCCCCUGCCUCCACCAGCCCCUUCUCGCAGCUGGCGUCCAACCAAGAGGCGGCGCUGGCCGGACGGAACAGCAUGGUCAACCGGGGCAUGAUGGGCAACGUCGGGGGGCAGUUCGGCUCCGGCAUGAACCCCCAGAUGCAGCAGAACCUCUUCCAGUAUUCGGGGUCAGGCAUGGGUCAGCAAGGGGAGGCCGCGUUCGCCCCGUCGCUCAGCCCCAGCAGCCCCCUGAUGUCGCCGCAGCUACCUCCUUCCCAGAGCCCCCUGCUCCAGUCGGCCCCGCCCACGCCUGGGUACCAGUCACCAGAUAUGAAGACCUGGCAGCAAGGAGCCAUGGGGAACAACAGUGUCUUUGGCCAAGCUGGGCAGACCCAGCCUCCACCACCAGCCCAGCAGGGAAUGUACAACAACAUGAGCAUUACGGUCUCCAUGGCCGGAGGAAACGCCAGUGUCCAGAACAUGAACCCGAUGGCCGGGCAAAUGCCCAUGAACUCGCUGCAGAUGCCCGUCAUGAACCAGCUAUGCUCCGAGCAGGUAAACGACUCGGCGCUCAGACCCACGGGCCUCUACUGCAACCAGCUGUCCUCUGACCUUCUGAAGACAGAAGCAGAUGGAGCACAGCAGGUCCAGCAGGUCCAGGUUUUUGCUGACGUGCAGUGUACAGUCAACCUGGUCGGCGGAGACUCUUACCUGAACCAGCCGGGCCCGGUGGGGGCCCAGAAAAGUUCCGCAGGCCCCCAGACCCCACAAGCCCAGCAGAAAAGCCUCCUCCAGCAGCUACUGACUGAAUAACCCGCUUUUCAAAGGAAUGUGAAAUUUAAAUAAUAAGACGUACAGAGAUAUAUAUAAAUAUAUAUAAAUAUAUUAUAUAUUUUUCUGAGAUUUUUGAUAUCUCAAAACUUGCAGCCAUUCUUCAGCUCUUGUAGUGUUUGGAGCAAAAAAAAAAUUUUUUUUGUUUUGUUUUCUUUUUUUAAAAAAAAGGCGUUGGAUGUCAGCAAAGUUACAAGACAGAACAGUUGAGCCAAAAUUUACAUAUGAUCCUUAUUUUUGUAAUCAGUUGCUGGCUUCUUAUCCCCGACGGAAGUUACUUGCGGGGCGGGGAGUUCGAGGGAAGGUGUCUUGCUUUGGGGUGGGGGGAACCGAGGAGGAAGAGGAGUCGAGUUCUCAGUUUCAGCUGGAUCUGUUACUGAUCUGCGUCUUCAGCGAAGCAGGAAUUGGGUGAAUAAUCGCACUCGCCUCUUCUUUGGGAAGGGAUCGUUUUUAGCUGUUCUUAAAAACAGACACCUCGCUCACUGCCUGACCCCGCCCUCCAAAUCCGUUUGUGCAAUCAGCUUUUUCUAGCAAUCGUGAGUUUGUCAGUUUUAAAUAAUAAUAAUAAUAAUAAUAAUAAUGAUAAUAAUGACAGAGUAUUUUGACCCACCAUUUUUUCCAUGUUUUAUGCUGGGAUAUUAUAGACCGCCUCCUUAGCGAGAAAGGGGCCUCUGUGUAUAUGGCAUCAGGGUGGGACGGAGCUCGUGCAAAAACUAAUAUAAUAAUUUUUGAAAAUAAAACAGUUAAAGUACAGUUCUUGGGGUGG